GGAUUCUUCUGGUCCAUGUUGCAGUAUUUCUCAUCAUGUCGACACCUUUCUCAAAAAUAAAACGAGAAUUGCACGCAAGCAGCACGUGAGUACAGCUUAAUUUAGCAUCUCCAAGCCAAGCUGCUGCUAAUCGCGGCCAUGGACGACGGGAACCUCGACUGCUCCUCCAUGGGCAGCUACUUCGACGACAUCCUCAUGGACACGGAGCAGGUCGCCUGCACCCACACCCACACCUGCAACCCGCCCGCCCACCACCUCCCCCACACCCACACCUGCCUCCACGUCCACUCCAAGUUCGCCGCCUCCGCCUCCUCUGACGCCGGCGCCGAGACCCCGGCCGAGUUCGAGGACGCCCACGCCACCUCCCGGAGCAAGAAGCGCCGCCCCUUGGGCAACCGGGCAGCCGUGCGCAAGUACCGCGAGAAGAAGAAGGAGCACACGGCGGUGCUGCAGGAGGAGGCAGCCCGUCUGAGGGCUAUGAACGAGCAGCUCACCAAGAAGGUCCAGGACCACGCCGCGCUCGAGGCCGAGGCGGCCAGGCUCCGCUGCCUGCUCGUCGACGUCCGGGGCAGGAUCGAAGGGGAGAUCGGCGCCUUCCCUUACCAGCGCCGGCCGGCCAAGGGCGCCGGUCAGGGCGGUGCCCAGGUUAUGAGCUCAUGUGAUUUCAUAGCAACCUGUGAACAACCUCAUACGUGUUUUCUUUGAUAUCAGAUCAGAUCUAUGCAAUGGAGAAUAUUAUUCCUGAGGUAGUGGCCUAGUGGGCUAGUGCUGAAGAGCGGUUGACAUGGAAGGAGGGAGGACGGUGGCGACAGUCGUCGGUAGGUUGAAGAAAGCGCAAGUUGAUCAAAACUUUGGAUUUGACGUCCCACAUGGUUUAGUGCUCGGUAGAUGUAUUGUGAGUGUGUACUCCCUCUGGUUCUUUUUACUCCUCAUAUAAAAGAAAUUCUGAAAUCAAACUUUGUUAAG